AUGACUUUCUAUCGCUCUAAGUCAAUGAUGUCUUUUGACUAUAGGCUAGGAGGUAUACCCAUUCAACGGGUUAACCAGGUACAUGAUUUAGGCAUUUUAUUUGUACCUUCCCUUAAUUUUAGAUCUCAUAUUGAUUAUAUGACCACCAAAGCUUUCCGUGUUUUGAAAUUUAUAAGACGUCACUCAUUCAAUUUCAGUUCAACCAAUUGCAUUCUGGCUCUCUAUUAUGCAUUAGUCCGUUCGGUUAUUGAAUACGGGUCUGUUGUUUGGUCACCAUGCAUAUACCGCCGUUGA